CCAAAGCCAUAUUUGAUUAUUAUGAGCUUUGAUAAAAUAUACUCUGUUGAUUUUAUUACUGGAGAUAUUCAUGUCAGCACUAUUAAUGGCUCCAGUAAGAAUAAAUCUGACCAUGCAUCAAGAUAUAAUGACAUAGAAAUUGAUGUAGUUGAGAGUGUGCUUUACUACAUUGAUGACAAAGAUAUCAAACGGGGAAAUCUUGACUUGACUAGAAACGAAAUUUUUGCGAAAAAUGUUUCUGUUCAUGAUAUUACAGUUGACUGGAUUGGUCGUCGUAUCUUUUACAUUGACUCCACGAACAUUAUCUACCAAAUUUAUUUGAACUUUACAUUACAAAAGAACAUUACAAGUGAAAUGAGGCUUCAACCAGGCUUACAAUUUUCCAGCAUUGCAUUUGACUCAAAACAUGGGUAUCUAUUCUUGGCAGAAAGUACAGAACUUUUCUUAUGGUUAUGGAACAAGACUGCAAAUAAACAUCAUAUUCUUUCAGUUUCACUUCAGUCAAUAGCACAUGAUCUAACGCUUGACAUGGCUAAAGAGAAGAUUUAUUGGCGAGUUUCAAACGGAAAUAUUUUUCUUGUGAUUACUACUCCCAAAAUGUAA